CCCGUUGGAGUUGCUUUUUUUUGAACAAACUAAGGGCCCGGAAGGACCCCGAAGCUGCAUUGAUUAGAAAGGAGCAGUACACGGCGAUUUUACAUCAGGACCCUGAACGAAAAAGGAAAACACUAACCGGUCCCUGACUAUUACAAAGAGGACCCCAGAAAAUUGAUGAAAAAAGCAAUCGGGUACCUGGCAACUCCAGCCUGAAACUUGACUCGUCUUCACCGGGGACGGCACCACUUGGUGCGGCGAGCCCUCCAUGGCACCACGCCACGAACUCCAGGAUGAAGCUGCAUUGCCUCCCAUCUGGCUCUUGGCCGGGAGGAAGAAGAAAGACCGCCAUUCGGUUAGAGGAUUCGGCGGCGACGGCCGGCAUCGACCGCAACAGCGGGAGCCAUAGGCCAUCCAAGAUCUCCGUCGGUGAUGAGCUCGAACCCGAACUGGAUCUCCAUCUUUCCUCUCUUCCUCCUUCACCGCCAUGGUAACCUUGGAAGCAGAGGAAAAUAAGGACCUCCUCCAGAUCAGCGGACCAAACGAGCUUAUUCGUGGAGUCACCGGCAACCCACUCCUGACAAGCAACUGGCACACCAGCGCAGCCAGGAGUGCAGCCACCGCUAACCACCGGCCGCUGCUCGAACGCGGCGGCGGUACGCUCCACCUCGGCAUAGCGCCAGACGCCACAGGGGUAAGACUCAACUUAGACUUAAUAUAUACAUAGCUCCUCCGUGCUCCUCUCCCUUCUCUCCUCCAGCCGGCAUCGCCGCCGGGGAAGAUUGGGGAUCGGGCGGGACGUGCUUCUCUCGCUCGACUCUCAACAGGGGCGCUCUCUGUUGUUCAGUUCAGAUGUGCUGUCCGUUGGAGUUGCUCUAACAAAGCAAAAAAGAUAGUUGCAGCCUAGCUAGGAAUAUAUAUGCUUUGGUGAAGUCGGACCCGUAAAUAAGCUAUAUAUAUAUAUGCUUUGGUGUCCUGUAGUAUAUGCCAUCGUCUCCUGGUCUCUGCAUAUACCCGCCACAUCGCGCGUCCCCCCUGCCUCGCUGUUAGGUACACGAUGUCGUCGCCGCUCGAGUUCGAGGAACUGUCGCAGACGUGCCGGAGGGACAGCUUCUGCCUGGACUGCUUCCACGCCUUCUGCUCCCACUGCUGCGGCUCUCAUCACCACCGUGGGCCGUUUCACACCGCCAUCUCCGUCGACGUCGCAGGCCGGCCGGUGUUCCAGCCCGGGGACUCGCAGUGGAUGCCCGACGAGGUCGUCCGCGCCAUCGCCGCGGAGGACUACGACACGCCGCUCCCCAGAGACUCCUACUGCACGGGCUGCAAGAAGAUCUUCUGCGCCGCCGCCUGCCCGCACCACAGCAACGGCACGUGCCUCGCCGGCGUCGUUCUCCGUAUCGAGGAGCAUGGAGGCGCGCACUGCGUCCGGUGCACGGGCUUCGAGCCGUGGUUCCGCCGCGUGGAGGGCUACCUCGGCGACCCGGUCGGCGAGGAGGAGGACGAGCUGCUGCUGCUGCCGGUGCUGAGGAGGGCGCCGGGCACGUGCGCGCAGUGUCAUGCCCACUGGGCGGGCUGGCAUUACGAGCAACACUGCUCGCUGCCCUGCAUUAACGCCUGGCGCCAGGAGGUCCUUAUGCGGAGGGAGCGCCGCGAGGCCAGACGCGCUGCAAGGGACCUCGCCAACCUACAAAUCCAUCACUAAAAUAUUUGGCCAGCUGCCUGCUUUAGGCUUCGUCUUUGUACUCCAACAUACUCCGGCAUCUACUGAUUCAAUGGACAUCUAGUACUUA